AUGUCCACCCGAUCAUACACACCUCUGCGGAGGUCGCUGGCUCAGUUGUCCACGCGCAACACGCGCAUUGCUGGUCGUCGUAUUGGGCCGUCGUUCCGUGGAUAUUCUACUGAACAGAAGUCCCGCCAGCCAAAGCCCUUCACUGUUUGGAGACCCUACUUGCGGCUCGCCGUUGGCGUGCCGUUCAUUGGCGCAAUCAUUUACUCGAUGAUGAACGAAGAAGUCACUGAACUCGAAUCCCCUUCCAUGGUCGAAAUAGAUGAGGCCCUCAAACAAUCAUCCGCCAUCAACGAGUCCUCGCCGAUGCGGUUACGAAUGGAAAAGCUCAUCAAGGACCAUCAACAGAAGAUUAUCGAGGAACUAGGCAGAAUUGAUGGAACACAAUUCAAGACAGAUACAUGGACGCGUCCCAAUGGUGGCGGCGGCAUUUCUUGUGUACUCCAGGACGGUAACGUCUUUGAGAAGGCAGGCGUGAAUGUCUCUGUGGUGUACGGGCAAUUGCCCCGGCCUGCCAUUGAGAAAAUGCGUGCCGACCAUAAGUCAUUUGUCGGUUCCGAUGUGGAUUCGCUGGAUUUCUUCGCUGCUGGUCUCUCGCUUGUCUUGCAUCCCCACAACCCUAUGGCCCCGACGGUGCAUCUCAACUACCGAUACUUCGAGACCACGGAUCCUAAAGACCCUAUUAACGGGGACAAGAACUGGUGGUUCGGAGGAGGCACGGAUCUGACUCCGACUUACCUCUUCCCCGAGGAUGCUCAGCACUUCCACAAGACCAUCAAGGAUACUUGCGACCGCCACGAUGCCACAUACUAUCCCAAGUUCAAGGCAUGGUGUGACAAGUAUUUCUACAUUCCCCAUCGUGGCGAGUGCCGUGGUGUUGGUGGCAUCUUCUUCGAUGACCUCGACGCCAACUUCCUUCAAACCUCCGCUGGGUCAUCUUCCAAUCCCCAGGAGACACUGUUCUCUUUCGUCUCUGAUGGCUUAGCAUCUUUCCUCCCGUCCUAUGUUCCUAUCAUUGAGCGACGGAAGGACAUGCUGUAUACUCCAGAGCAAAAGGAGUGGCAGCAACUUCGCCGUGGUCGCUACGUGGAGUUUAACCUUGUCUAUGACCGCGGAACCAGCUUUGGCUUACGCACACCGAACGCCCGUAUUGAGAGUAUUUUGAUGAGUCUUCCUCGUACCGCCAGCUGGGCCUAUAUGGAUCCAGUCUCCGGCACACGGACAGAAAACAUGGCCGUGGGAGAGGAUGAGGAGCUGGCAGAGGACAAGACUCGCGAGAAGGAAAUUAUGGAUGUGCUGCGACACCCUCGACAGUGGGCAUGA